AUGUCCAUAGUUCCAACCUCCGGCGUUGUGGAACUCUUUUUCGGUUUCCCCUUGGCAACUUACACAACUAACCGGAAGGCACAACACACACCAGCUCGAAGCCGCGAGGAUUGGUUUGCCUCAGAAUUGCUGUCUGAUAUCAUGUUUGGCGGGAAGUACAACUUGGACAUUAAGGACUUUGGUCCUAGUUGGCGCGAUGGCGUAGCCUUCAACGCCAUUGUGCACAGCAUCAAUCCGGAUCUGGUGGACAUGAGGGAGGUAGCCAAUCGCAGCAACAGGGAGAACCUUCACAGAGCCUUCAGCCUCGCCGAGGAGGAACUAGGCAUUCCGAAACUGCUGGAUCCCGAAGCCAGCAUAGAGUUUUGUCCAUCAGCCUGGUUACCAGUUUCAGGUUUCACUUAA